UCGCUCGUCCCCAACACUCAUGUCGUUUCUCGUGGGACCCGUUUCCGGCGCUCUGGUCGCUGGUGGGGUUUACUAUGGGUUCUCCAAUUUGAUACAAUCGAGGACGGAACAGCAUCGAAAAGACCUCCACCAACUCUGCGUGCGCCUCGUCGAGACGCCCAGCAUCGUCAUCGCACCGCCGUCUGCGGCCUCGCGAAUCGCGGCUAGGCCGUUUUCGUCUUUCGUACACGAGAAAUGGAACGGGGAAGUGGAUGCGGCGUACCACUGGGUUAGGACUGCUGAUAAGCGAGUGCAGGAGUGGGGUCGCAAGUUGUUGUAUGGUGAAUAAACUAAGACACGAAAAGUAAAUGCUAGUAACGCUGCUCGAACCGAUCCCGGGCCUUUUGAUUCCGCCUAACAUCCUCCU